AUGCCGCGCUACAAGCGCACCGCCGACGAGGCCCAGCUCGACGUCCCCACCGAGCCUGCUGUCGCGCCGGAAGAUGUCGAGACGCUGGAGAAGCUGCGGAACAUGUGGGAGUUUGCGGCGCUCAUGCAGUACAUCUACAUGUUCGGCGAUGCGCUCAAAAUCGACGACAAGUUCGAGAUCGAGAAUCUUGAAAGCGAAUGCCUCAUGUCCGAACCCUCCCCCAAACUGGCGCAAAUCGGGCUCCAACUGCUCAAACAGGUCUCAAGUCACAAGCCUCUCAACCUCGAACUAUUCGACGAGUACACCCGCCGCCAAUACCUCGCCAAGGCACCUCAGCGAAAUCCCUUUGGUGAUGAUGAAACGGCAGUCAGGUUCAACGACCUAGACGCCUUCACAAGAGUGCGCGUACUACAUCAGCUCAGCACAUGGACUCUGGUCAACACGGAGAGGUUGAGGGGCUUGAUGCCAGCAGACUCCGAGCCCCUCGAUUGGCGCAUGGAGCCUCUUGGCUGGGACAAGGAGGACAGGGCAUAUUUCGUGCUCGACGACAACCGCCUGUACCGACGCGCGGACAUACCACUGGCGCCUCCCUCGCCUCCACCCAAGCCGAAGGCUAAGAGCAAAGCUGCGCCGAAGAAAGGUAGAAGCAGAGGUACACGGUCGAGCAAGCGUCGGAAGGUCGAAGAGUCGGAGGACGAGGAGAUGGAGGAAGUCCCAGAAGGCGUGAAGGAUGAAGUUCAGGAAGACACGGAGGCCGGCGCGACAAACGAAGACACCAGCGAGGUUGACGAGGAGGCUGGCUACGGCUUCACGAACAAGACCUGGCGGUGUAUCGCCGUCACCCUGGAUGACUACAACGACUUCCUGGCCACCAUCUUUCGAUCACGAGAUCCCAACGAGAAGCACCUCCGCAAGAUGGUCGAAGAGAGCAUCAUUCCCGUCAUGGAAGAGCGGAACGAAAGACUUCAACAGCAGAAGUUGGCGGAGCUCAGGAAGAUGGAGGUGCAGGCUCAGAUGGCGACGGCGAAGCGCUCGGGUCGGCUGGCUGCCAAGCAGGAGCGCGAGCAAGAAGAGCAAGAGAAGCGCGACGCUGAGGAGAAGCGGAAGCGGGACUUGCGGGAGGCUCAUGAGGAGCAGGAGAGGCUGAAGCGGGCUGAGGAAGGGCAUGAGUCACGUCGGCAGACUCGCGAGCAGCGGCUGAAGGAGCGGGAGAUGAAGCGUAUCCUGCACGAAGAGCAGCUCGCGAAGCUGGAAGAGGACGCGACUCGUGCAUCUUCACAAGAUCCUGCCAAUGAUGUCGCCGAGCCCGAGGGUCCAAAGCGCGUCUCCAACCGUCAGAACAAGUCAGAGAGGGAGCGCCACAAGCAGGAGCUGGAAAGGCUUGCGCAAGAAGAGGACAACUGGUACUUUGACUGCGUCAAAUGCCACAAGUACGGCGACAACUUCGAUGACGGCGCUCACAGCCUUGCUUGCGAGAAGUGCAAUGUCUGGCAGCACAGCAAAUGCCAUGGCAUUGAGCCAGAGCAGGCUGAGGAUCCCAACUUCCACUUCAUCUGUGCGAGGUGCAACCAGAAGGAAGAGGAUGCCAAGAAGCCGAAGAUUGCACCCCUCAAGCUGGGAAAGAAUCGUCAGAGCAGCAGCCCGGCUGAGAAGAAGAGUGCUAGUCGGCCGACAAGCUCUCAAACGCCCAACGGUACGCCAAAGGGUAGCCUGCCAGAUCACAUUGCAAGGCAGCUUGACCGCGUGCAUGAGCCGCAAUACCAACCGCCUUUCCAACACGGUCAUCCUUACGGCCAAAUGAACAACGGGCCAAGUCUGUCGCCCUACGGUCAAGCGCAAGGGCCGCCUGGCAGCCGGUAUCCUCCGGUGGGCAACUUCGCACCACGUGCCCAACAGGUAUCGCCUCCACAGCAGCCGUGGCAAGGCAGCCAUUUCCCACCACCACACAGACCGUCUUCGUCUGAGUACGCCGGGUCGCCACCGCCUCACAUGGCCAAUGGAUACGGAUCGCCCUUCCAACAUCAGCAGCACCACCAAGCGAUGCACCAAAAUGCUGUAUCUGGUGCGGGCGGCCAUCCAGGCUAUCAGCAUCAGGGCCCAACGUACCAGGCCCCGCAGAUGAAUAGCAGCAGUCCUGACAUGAGCCCGUUGAACCGGCCUCCCCAGAUGCAAUACCACUACUACCAACCGCAGGUCAAUGGAUAUGCACCCCAGCCACAGAUGCAACCGGCUCCCCACCUGCAAAGACCUGGCUCUCAGGGGCAGCAUCCUAACGGAGCACAUCAACAGGCGAUGCAGAUGAACGGACGACCAGGCACAUCGCCUCAGCCACAGCUACAACCACGUCCACGCCAGCCUUCACAUGGACAGCAGAUGUACCAGGCUCCGCAAGGAUACACGCCAUCGCCCUCUCAGCCGCAGGCUGUCCAACCUCACAAUGUCACGUCACGAAGCCCAAGUGCGACCUUUCCUCCUCGCCCAGCGCAGCCCCAGCAAUAUGCGCCGUCGCCGGUCAAAAUCUCACCUCAACCGCACCCGGCGCAACCGCAUCAAGAUCAACCGCAAUACCAACAACGACGGCCUUCGUUCCAAGCAAACCAGACACCAACUGCACCACAAGCAUUCCGUUCUCCUUCGUCCAACGGCUACGGACCCUCUCAUGCUACACCACACCAACAAACGCCCGUGGUACCUCCACUUGCGUCACCACAGACUGCUCAAGCGCAUCCCAGCCCGGCAGGCUCAAACGCUAACGCUGUGGCGGCGGACGGUAUGUCUGGCCCGUGGCCUGAAACAAGCAAGGUCAUCCCGCAAAAACACGACCAGAGUCCAGCUGCAGCACCUCUGCCCGAAACCAUGUUGCACGGCGCAUCCCAUGGUCGACCCUCUUCCGCUGAUCAGCGUGCUGUCCCUGUGCCAGCCAGCAGUCCGCAAACGGGAGUCGAUGCUAGCGCCAUCAUGCCUCCCUUUGCGUUGAGUCCGACUCAGCAGAUGCAGGACCAAGCCCAGGCGACUGGCCCGGGAAGUGUGCCAGUGAAGAGGUCACCAGUUGUGGGUAACGACAGCACUUUAGCACAGGCGCCAUCUGCACCGGAGCAGAUGGCAGCGAACGGAUAUGUUGGGCAACAACAAGAGGUCCCGGGGCACUCAUAG